CGGCCAAGGGGAGGGCGGGUCUGGAGCGCCGCUCGCUGAUUGGUGUUCGCCGCCGGAAGAGCGGCGCUGGCGGUCGCCAUGGCCACGGCGACAGACCGGCUGGUUGGAUUCGGCUUGGUUGCCUUCAGUCUCGUGCUGUUUGUUUACUACACCCUCUGGAUCAUCAUUCUGCCCUUCAUCGACAGCAACCACGGGAUCCACCGGUACUUCUUGCCUAGGGAGUACGCGGUUAUCAUCCCCGUGGCAGCCGGGCUGCUGCUGCUGCUAUUUAUAGGUAUUUUUAUAACAGUUGUGAUGUGGAAGAACAGGAAACCUGCCAAGAAAUCGGACUGAAAGCCCAGCUGAGAUGAGGAGAAGGUGCCCACCCCGUGGCACUGGAGCCAGGAAGAGGCAUUGCCUGCAGAACUGACUGAGCUCACACACAUUCCCUCCUGCAGAGAUGAAGCUUCCUGGAGUUUCCAACCUACUGAAGCAGAACUGAGCUGUGGGGCUCAUUGGGAGGGACCAGAGCCCCACUGUGAGGGACCAGAGCCCCACUGUGAGGGACCCACUCCCUGGCUGGGGCUGCCUGCACUCACUCUGCUCAUUGGGCCUGGACCUUGCCCCCUGCUCAGCCCCUGGUUGAUCCUUCCCCUCUGCUCUCACUGUAGUUUUGUUCUUUCUUGGGCUUUUGUAAAUGUGUACAUCUGGUUUA